AUGAGCUCUUUUAAGAAGGAACAUUCGUUUGAGAAGCGCCAAGCUGAAGCUCAGCGCAUCCGGUCCAAGUACCCUGACCGAAUUCCAGUGAUUUGUGAAAAGGCAGACCGCAGUGACAUUCCGGAUAUUGACAAGAAGAAGUACCUUGUGCCGGCUGAUUUGACAGUUGGUCAAUUCGUGUACGUGAUCCGGAAACGUAUUAAGUUGAGCCCAGAAAAGGCCAUUUUCAUCUUCAUUAACAAUGUGCUUCCACCCACCGCUGCGUUGAUGUCGAACAUUUACGAAGAACAAAAAGAUGUCGAUGGCUUCCUUUACAUCACUUACAGUGGUGAAAACACCUUUGGCCAAUAG